AUGUCACUAGCCUCCAGAAGAGAGGCAUUUUGGCUUUGUUUGAUCAACUGGAUGGCCUUUGCAUGUGCUACCUGGAGUCUCGUCACGAAAGACAUGGGUCCGUCUCCACGUUCAAAGCAUGCAGCUUCUUGGGACAAUACACGGCAGAGCUUUUGGAUUUCUGCCGGAAGCGGCGAAGGCCUUCAGCAAGAUCUUUGGACCUUUGAGAUCAAAAGCAAUCAAUGGACACGGAUUUCUGAUACUUCUCAGGGUCCUGGCAGGCGUCAAGAUCACAUUUCCAUUUGGGACCCUGAGGGACAGGCCUUUUGGAUUCAUGGCGGUUACGACGGAAGCGAUUUCCUCAAAGACCUUUGGAAGUAUUCCCUUCAUUCCAUGAGUUGGACUGUUAUGGGAGGAAGCUCAGGCUCCAAUCCUUCUGGUCGGAGCGAGCACGUGGCAGUGUGGGAUAGUGAUGGUGGCAUCCUGUGGAUUCAUGGUGGAUUUGACGGAGCAAAACUGCAUCAGGACCUUUGGAAGUUUGACUCCCGGAUUUUGAGCAGUUGGAUUAGGAUCCCGCAUCUUAAUCCACCAUCUCCACGAGCUCAGCAUGUAGCUGCAUGGGAUUCUACCAAUGUGGCGAUGUGGGUUCAUGGUGGAUAUGAUGGAAGUUUGUGCAGCGACUUAUGGAAGUUUGAUGGCAACACCUACCGCUGGGAUCGGAUCUCAAACAGUGGUCCUUCUGCCAGGGCGUACCAUGCAGCUGCGUGGGACCCCAUGAAUCUGGCGCUUUGGAUUCACGGUGGCUUUGAUGGUGUUGCUCGCCGAGACCUUUGGAGAUUCAGCACCUUGAGCCACACAUGGGACCUCAUGGCAAACGAAGGGCCUUCGCCACGCUACAAUCACGUGGCGGCGUGGGAUGUGAUCAGCAGCUCCUUUUGGGUGCACGGCGGUUACCAUGGAAUAGUGGAGCGAGAUCUUUGGAAGUUUGAUGUUACCUCCACAAGCACAACCAGCAGCAGAUCUUGGACGAGUACUUCCAGUGUCAGCACCAGCACCAGCACAACGACCAUGUCCAGUUCUGUAUCUACAACCACUAAGACUUCCAGUGUCAGCACCAGCACCAGCACAACAACCGUAUCCAGUUCAAUAUCCAAAAGCACAUUCUCCACAACAUCGAGCAUCUCAACUUCUUUCACCAGUACCACCACUACUAUUUCCAGCAGCACAACAGUCUCAGGUACUUUCAGCAGCACAACAAGCACCUCCAAAAGUCUCACUAAAUCUACUUCGACCUCUAUUAGCAUAACUACUAGAACAAGAACAAACACAGUAACAACUUCAAGCAGUGUCUCACGCACAGAAACCCAAACUUUGACUUCGACCAGCACCACCGCCACUUCAGCCACUAGCUCAAGCUCAGUCACAAGUUUGACCACCAGUUCCGUCACCAAGACCACGGCAAGCUCCACAAGCAGCACGUUCACAAGAUCAACCAGUACUAGCAGCACUUUCACCACAACGACUAGUCCUGGAGAUGCCUCCGGCCUCCUCCUUCCCAAAGUGCUUCUCUCAGCACUUGGAGCUGUCGCAGUGCUUGCAGUUUGUAUCCUGUUUGCUUGUUGUGCAUGGAAGCACCGCAGCUUCCAUCAAGCCACCGUCCUACCAGCGCCAGCGCCACCCAAAUAUCCCCACAACACACAAUUGCUUUUUGCACCACUCUCACCUCGACCUUUGCAUUUUGCACCAUCCUUUCCUCGACUUUGCCUACUCUUACCAGAUCUGAGGCAAAGCCAGAUUGGUGCUCCAAGGAUAGACCCUCAAGACUUUACUGUGCCGCUCCCACCAGAUGUGUGCAUCCACAUUUAUACACCAGCCACACGUCCGAGACAAGCCAGACCUCGUUUGCCAAAGAAGCGACAUCGUCGGUCCCUGGCAUUGACCAUGGCACCGCCCUUUUUGACAACUCCCAGCGAUUCAACGGAGAGAAGAUCUUCAACGGUCGUGGAGUCCUUGAGACAUUGUGCUUCCCCACAAUUGCUGAUUGAACGAAUUUUGACAUCAGUGUCGCACCCAUCAAUCGAUGUGACGCUCCCAGACCUGCAAAAAUAUCUCCAGCGAGCGAACAACAGAGGCACAGUGCAAGUAUUGCCCUCAGCAGCACUGACAUUCACUGUCAAACGAUCAACUCCAGCACCAAGUGUUCGGCCAGAAGGAGCAAGCCGCUGCUUGCUGGCAAAGGAUUCUUUCCCACAACGGCACCCCACACUGGCCAUGACCAUGACAGCACCUGUUCUGCAAACUCCAGGCACAAGCUCUAGGGCCAGUGCAACCACCCAGAGGGAACAACCACUGCUAGACUUGCGUCCACAAGCAUUGCAGAGCUACAAGGGUUCUGUACAGACUUGCUCACCACUCACGUUUGUGCGACCGAGUAGACUGGGAAGUCCAGAGACUCCACGGUCGAGGACACCGGAUCCCAAGUCCAGACCGACCGAUCCAACGGAUCCGGAUCCGGAUCCGCCGGGACUCCAUCGCCGGACCGAUCACGUCGGGACCGAAGAGAUUCGUUUUUGUGCUCAGCCAAGGUUUCCCAGAAUUCAAUCUUCAACAUAUUCAACAUCAAGACCAACGCCUCCAAGACCAACCUGCGCCGCUCCAGCCCUUCGGACACCAACUACACCUUUGGUGCUCUUGCCAUGCUCAAAAAGCACAGAGAGGAAGUUGACUUCAAGGGCACUUUCGCGUCGUCGCUAA